AUGUCCGCUUCCGAGACGACACAAGAUCCGCUUGCGCUGACCCUAUACGAUACCAUACAAAUAUGCUAUGACCCAUACUAUAACAUUCAUCAAAGCUGCCGGCUAUUGUGCAUGCCGUACAUCCUCGAUAUUAUGGAGGGUGUAAUGCUUAAUCCGCUACCAGAUACCAGCACAUCUGGUCAGAUGCACUCUUCCAUACCAUGUGGGGACAUGACUUGUCUGCCCUAG